AUGAAUAAUCUUAACACAUUACAGGGAUUUGUAAAAUCAAAUUUUGCAUUGAUGCGUGAUCUCGAUGGUAAACCAAGAACACCAAGAGAUCCUAGAUCAGGAAGGCCACCUUUAAAUAAUCAAAGACAAUAUGAUGCAAGUGAAAAUACAGUCAGAACAAUCAACCGUCCAUGGGUUACAGCUGCCGGGAAAUUUUCAAAAUCUUUCUUAUCUUUUGUUACACCAGCUAUGCUCGAGGAAGCACGCAAACACUUUAACUGUCCUAAUUUGGAUGGAGUUGACAUAGAGAACGAAGGUGGACAAGGAACAUUUGGUACACACUUCGAAAAGAGAGUAGUUGGUGAUGAAACAAUGGCAGGUGUUACUGGAGUGAAAACUGUAAUGUCAAGGCUUACAUUGGCAUUCUUCACAGACUCUGGGUAA